AAUAUGCUAAUAAAUGACAAUUUCCUUUUUGUUUUGUCUAUUAAAGUUUAUAAUUGUAACCAUUCCAGUUAUGAAACGGAGAAUGGAAUAAAAGCGGAGGAGACGGGUACGUUAAAGAAGGCGAGUGGUCCGGAUGCAGCUGAUGUCAUUAUAGCACAGGGUGGGUUCAGCUACACAGCGCCCGAUGGCACCGUUAUUAAUCUGAACUACAUUGCUGAUGACGAGGGUGGUUUUAAGCCUGAGGGCGCACACUUGCCAACACCACCACCGAUACCACCAGCUAUCCAGAAGGCUCUCGACUUCCUCGCAACGUUGCCACCGUCAUCUCCAUCCAGAAACUGAACAGAAAAUACUCUACUACUAACCUGCAACUCAUAACUGACCACCGAAUAUGACCAUCUUGUAAACGAUACUUCGACUAAAAACGCUCAAAAAAGUUAUUAUCGCUUACAAACGGUUUACUCGACGUUUACUAACUAUCAAAGCAAUAAAAAACACAUAAAAAUUAAUGUACAUUGACGACUGACUGUGAUAGCCGUGAUGAUAUAACAAAAUAAUCUUUUGUACUAUUUAUUAUUUAAUUAUGUUAAUAAAAUGCAUAUUCAGUGCCAAAGACGCAUUGCUGAAUGUUGUGUAUGUUUCUACCCAUCCUAAUUGUUAAGUCGGCGAUGUCUUGACAUUGUUCAUUGAUUAGCAUUACAAAUUGCCUAUCAAAUGUCACAAAUGU